AUGCUCACGCUUGUUUUACCGGAAGAAUCACCUUCUCACGAAGAGGAGGUCGGACUACUAGGAUGCCCUCAGGCUCUCUGGGCAGUGCUCAUUGCAAAUGGUACUACACGAUUUGCUCUGGAUUUGGAGCCUCUGGAGCAUCUAUCACCUUGCGCCCAAUUCGUACGCGGCAUCACAACCUCCCUCUAUAUGCAGAGAGCGGGCGCACAAAAAAUAGUAGGUAUGCUGAAUGACCGUCUUCAGGAGCAUGGGGUUGAUAGUCUCUUUGAUGACGAAUCAUUUACGAAAUCCAGACUAUACCACUGGGUCAUCAAAACAUGCCAUGAAUUGAGUGGAUCUGUCGCUUCAAACUUGAAACAUAUCAAGGUGGUGGUGGUGGAAAGAGAGAUUGAUGAACUUUCCGAUAAAGCCCAUGCAUAUGAGAAACUGGGACUAUCACAUUGGCGGCGAAAGAUGAGGGAAGAAGUCAAUGAGCUGGACAAGCUCCAGGUAGAAACACAAACGCUCAGGGAAAAGGUGCAGGAAAGCUUGCAUGGCGCCACCGCAGUUCUUGAAGCUCGCUUAGCUUUGCAGCAAGGUGAUCGCAUAAAGACUUUGACCUAUCUUGCUACGAUAUAUCUGCCAUUGACUACCGUCACGUCCUUCUGGGCAUAA